UUAUACGCAAAGAUUAUUUGAAAAAAUUUAUAAUUAUCAUAAAUCAAAUAAUGGAACAUUUAAUAUUGCAUUAGAUGUAGGAACUGGUACAGGACAAGCAGCCAAUAUUUUAUCAAAUUCAUUUAAAAAAGUUUAUGGAAUUGAUUUAUCAUCAAUAAUGUUACAAAAUGCAAUUUAUAAAUCAAAUAUUCAAUAUUUAAUUGGAAAAGCUGAAGAUUUAUCAUAUUUUAAAGAUUCUUCAAUUGAUUUAUUAACAGUAGCU